AUGGCGUCGAUAUCCUUUCCAACCGCCCGGACGACUCCAAGCCCGAAUCUGUUUCUACCCUCUCCACCUCCGUUUUCUCCUAGAUCUUCUCCGGCAUCCAAUUUGCUGCCUCCUUAUGUCGGCGGUGGCGGCCUAUCGAGCGACUUUUCGGGUCUGAAAUUCCGACCCGCUUCUCUCAGCUCUUCCUCCGGCCGCCCGAAACGCGGUGUCAUCACGAUGGUGAUUCCUUUCCAAACUGGAGACGAAAUUAGAGCCGCUUCGGAGCAACCUCCCCCGGAUUUAGCGUCACUCCUCUUAGCUGAGCGAAUCGUGUACUUGGGAAUGCCUCUCUCUCCACCUGUUCACGAAUUGUUGACAGCAGAAUUUCUUUACCUCCAGCACGAAGAUAAACAAAAACCAAUUUACCUAUACAUAAAUUCCACUGGGACGACCAAGAGUGAGGGGAAGUUAGGCUAUGACACUGAAGCUUUUGGAAUACAUGAUUGUAUGAGAUUUCUGCACGCGCCUAUUUGUACAAUUUGUGUCGGUAAUGCAUGGGGAGAAGCUGCAAUGCUACUGGCUGCUGGUGCAAAGGGGUAUCGUGCUGCCAUACCCUCAGCUACAAUCAUGAUAAAGCAGCCAAUUUCCAGGUUUCAGGGUCGAGCUACUGAUGUGGAGGUUAUGAGACAAGAACUCAAACGUCUGAAGGGUACUUUGGUAAAACUCUACGCGCAAUACAUUGGUAAGUCAGAAGAGCAGAUUGAAGCAGAUAUAAGGCGUCCAAAAUACUUUAGCCCCAGUGAAGCUGUUGAAUAUGGGAUUAUCGAUAAGGUUCUGUAUACUGAGAGGGCUAAAAAAGAUAAAGGAGUUCAGUCAGAUACAAAAAGGGCACAAAACGUAGAAAAAGGGCCUGGUUUGUGA